AUGGCUUUCACCUCGACAGUUGUUGCUGAGCAAGUCCAGUCCUGCUGGUCUGCUCUCGAGGCCUCGUCUUCUGCUACCUGGUCGUCUCCUGGAGAGUCCAUCGCAUACAAGUCAGCACAAAAGUGUCUCGCCAUGGCAGAGCCUGAUAGCACUCAAAUACUCGACUGUUUGGACAUCGAGCUAUGCUCUUUCGUAGACAUUGAUCUUCUGUCUGUUCCUUCUAGCCCAACAGCUCCUUCACGACCUCACAGUACUGUUUCUAUUCACAGCACAGCAAACAUCUGCGGUCUGAUGUUACCAUCGACUUGUACCGAUAUGACCGAGUCGUCGGCAGUCAGCGGUCAACAAGCUGAUGCUUGCAGAUCUGCCCUCACAGAUUCGUCAACCUUGAGCGAUCUGAGCGGGUUUGUGUGUGCUAUGAAGUGUUUCGACAUAGCUGGAACUAUCGGUAUCGCCAUCGUGGACUGUUUGCAAAUAGAGCUGUGCUCUGACAUGACUCAAUCCUGUCACUUGUCCAAAUCUCCUAGCGCAUCUCUAUCAUCUGCCCCCGCAUCUCUAGUGACUGCAACCACCACAGUCACCCCUGCAAGCUCCGCCACGACAUCGAGCACCGUUCCGGCAAUCAGCGCAGCUGAUAUCUGUGACUUGACAAUGGCAGGUGUUUGUACCGAAAUGGCAGGAUCUUCGACGGUCAGUAGUCAGCAAGCCAGCGCUUGCAAGUCUGGUCUCGAGAUCUCAUUCCCAUCGGUGGAUCUGGAUGAGUGUGCUCUGAAGUGCUUAGGGGCAACUGGCGCACCAGGCACCGCAGUGAUCGACUGCCUAUACAUCGAGCUGUGUGCUGGUCUUGCUGUUGCUCAAUCAUCCAUUCUACCUGGAUCUGGUGGAUCUUCUGAACCCUUCAGCUCUGCUGUUGUCGUCGGGGCCAUUGGGAUAACCGGCAACACCGCCUCGAUGACCCCUGCCUUUGCCCACAGCGCAACUAUGUCUGAGGUCCAGAUGAGCUCGACUACUUCCUUCAUGCCUGUACCACCUACCUCUGCCGGCUCGAAAUCGGGUUCUCCAGCUUCAGUCUCAUCAGUUUCCGCUUCUGGAUCCCCUGCCCAUGAAACACUGUCGAGCACGAUCAACACUAUUGCUAGCUCCGUUAUCCCCGCUCUUUCGACCAAUUCUGUCAACUCUGAUAUAUACAGUGCUCCGUUGGUCAGCUCUAGUCGAGUGAGUGGGUCCGCUCAGUCCAGUGACACCUGUACCUCGGCGGCCUCCUCUACUUCAUCUGCCUCUGCUGCCUCCGCUAGCUCUACUGGCUCCACCACCCCUGUCAGCUCUGCCAUCCCUAUCAACUCUGCUGGUUCUGCCCGUGCUACAUCUCUCACUCACGUCGCCACCGCUCUUGUUUCCAAGACUGCCAGCACACCUAGCAUCUCGAGGCCAUCUGAUAUCACCAAGUCAUCAGCAGGACCUUCGAGUUUCACCACAUCAUAUUCCGGAAGCUCGCCCAUAGGAUCAAGUCCUGCUAAAUACACUGCCGCUGCAAACAACAAUAGUGCCAGGUCUCUAUGUAUCAGUGGUUUCUUUGCCACCCUUGCUGUGAUCUUCGGGUACAUGUAG